AUGGACGAUAGCAUAUAUACAAAAAUUGACGAGAUUCCUCAGAUCAUUCAACAGCUGCGUAAAUCAUUCUCUGAACGACUAACGAAGCCAAUUGAAUAUCGUAAAAAUCAAUUACAUCAAGUCUACAAGCUACUCAGUGAAAAUGAAGAGCAAAUUAUUCAAGCACUCGCAAAUGAUCUUUCUAAACCUAAAGCAGAAUCUCUUGUUGGAGAAUUGAUGAUAUUAAAACAAGAAAUCGCCGAGAUUGUUAACAAUUUAGAUGAUUGGGUAAAGCCUGAGAAAGUGACAAUGCCAUUAUCGCUUAAAAUGAAUCAAUCCUAUAUAAGAAAAGAUCCCAAGGGAAUUGUUUUGAUUAUUGGCACAUGGAAUUAUCCAAUGCUUGUACUUCUCUCACCUUUUAUAGGUGCUAUAGCCGCUGGAUGCACUGUAAUUUGCAAACCAUCCGAAGUUGCAUCUCACUCCGCUAGCUUAUUAGCCGAGCUCUUCCCGAAAUACCUCGAUCAAAAUGCUUAUCGAAUCAUUCAAGGUGGACCAACGGAAAUGACUAAGUUAUUAGAACAACGAUUCGAUCAUAUUUUCUAUACUGGUUCAUCAGCUGUCGGAAAAAUUAUCAUGACUGCCGCAGCCAAACAUUUAACACCUGUGACUUUAGAACUCGGCGGCAAGAGUCCAGCUAUUAUGUCGAAAGAUGUGGAUAUAAUGAUUACCGCUAGGCGUAUUUUAUGGUCUAAAGCUUAUAAUUGUGGACAGACAUGCAUAGCCCCCGAUUAUAUACUUUGCGAACGUUCAGUUCAGUCAGCAUUGAUAGAAGCUUUUCCCAAAGUUUUGGCCGAGAUGUAUGGUACAGAAAUCCAAAAAAAUAACUCAUAUGCCCGAAUCAUCAAUCAACGACACUUUGAUCGCAUUCAAACUCUUCUAAAUGGAACGAAAGGACGAAUAGUGGCUGGUGGUGAUACAGAUCGAAAUGAUUUAUUCAUUGCACCAACUAUUGUCGCUGAUGUACCGAAAGAUGACACAUUGAUGGAAAGUGAAAUAUUUGGACCUAUUCUGCCAAUUGUGGUUGUUGAUAGUAUCGAUGAAGCUAUUGAAUUUGUGAAUCGUGGGGAAGUGCCAUUGGCUCUUUAUCCAUUCAGCAAGAAUAAUGAUACCAUUGAAUAUAUACUCGACAGAGUUCAAUCUGGCGGUGCAUGUAUAAAUGAUUGCAUGAUUCAUGGCGCAGUGACGACUCUUCCAUUCGGCGGUAAAGGAAACUCCGGCAUGGGAAGUUACCAUGGCAAAAAAUCCUUUGAAACAUUUUCACACGAACGCAGCGUAUUGAAAAACCCUUUCUACCUCGAAAAAGUGUUAGAGACUCGAUACCCGCCGUACACAGAUUCAAAAAUUCGAUUAAUAAGUUGGAUUUUAUUAUACAAGAAACCUAAUUUCUCAUCGUCAUCAUUGUUAAGACGAGUCUUUGGAUCAUUCUUUUUAGCUGCUAGUACUGUUGGUGUUUUGGCUUUAGCUCUGACAGCGUUUAUGUAG